AUGGUGCAACUUCAAACUUCAACUCAGUCACAAAUUCCAAAAAAAACCCAAAACCAUUUCACCAAAACCAUUCACCAAAACUAUUUCACCAAACAUUUAACAUCCAUUUUUCACAAACCCAUUUUUUGCUACUUCUACAAAAUCCACCACCACAGUCGCUAUCCGUGGAAAAACCUACCCGAUUUCGACUGCUACCGCUUGCAGUGUAAGACGGAUCGCGAUUGCUGUAGGGGUUACAGUGUUUGUGACAAGUCCUCUAAAACUUGCUCGGAUUGUUGGUUCCGUAUGGGAUGUCGGAGUGUAGAGGAUUGCUGCGAGAAGUAUCCCUACUGCAAGAAAGUUAAGGAUGACGACACUUUUGGUGGUUGCGCUGAUGAAAUGUGA